CGUCACCUAAUUCAUUCUAAUCAUCGUUUGAAUUUUGAUCAUUUCUGGUAUUCAACGACUGGUAAACGUUUUGUUUGUGAUAAAAAUUACAUGAAGUACAAGUCAUCGUUGUGCUGUCUGAAAACAAAAGAGAGGAAACCACUGAGAGAAGAAAAUAAGCAGUACGAUCGUUUUCUAUUUUAUGUCUAGCCUUAUAGUGGACAUUGCAUGCAAGAUCUCAGGCAAUUAUCAGACAUCAUUUGGCCCGUGUUGUGAAGGCAGUCAAGCUCGUGCCAUCAAAUACUUUGACAUCCAGCACUUUGAACAGGGACAAGUGCAUCUUAUUACUUUCUAAAUACGAUAUCUAAGUAAUUUGUCAAUUCAACCGUUGUCUCCAGUAAGUUCCUGUCAGAGUCCGACUACCUUCAGCCAUAUAUAAGACGCAAUCCCAAUACAGAUCGCCGUAAGCCAUUGCAUCAUCACACUACAGUGCAUCAUGUGUCCAACGAAGUCAGAGAUAUGUUUCAUAAUGGUUAUCAUGUUCAUUGGCACGUUAUGUAAUGCUGUUCCUGUACAUGAAAACUUCAUUUCAACAAUCAGGAAUUUUAAGAGCAAAAGCAUCAUGAAAACGAACAGCUCAAAAGAAUCCACAGGCAUGCCAUUUGUGAUGGAUUUUGAUAUUGUGGAAGAUAGCAAAGACGAGGAACAGCUUCUACAAAAAAUUUUAUAUCGUGUUAACGUUUUUAAUCCUCAUGGUCAGGAACAGAAAUCGAGGAACUUGCCGAUGACGAAGCUUUUAUCAAGAAGCAAAAGGUCCAUUUUUGGGUUAGAUGAUCGUAAUCUUGUCGAAACGUCCGUCAAAGCUCAAACAUAUCCUUUCUCAACGGUAGUCUAUCUUUCUAGUGGAUGCACAGGAACGUUGGUCGGUGUGCGGCAUGUUCUAACAGCUGCUCAUUGCGUUCAUGAUGGGAGAAAGUUCCUGAAACAGGCAAAACAUCUAAGAAUAGGAAUGUUGGGGAGCUAUGGAACUUUUCGAUGGAUAAAAGUUGACAAAAUUCAUCUUCCAAAACAAUGGAAGUCAACCAACAGAAGACGACGCGUCCAACACGACUACGCGCUUCUAAGGUUAAGACGCCCUCACAGUAGACCCAUCAUGGCUAUAAAACCAUCCACUUUAAAAAGAGGAUCUCCCAUGCAAUUUGCCGGUUUCCACAGUGACAAGAAGCGUAAUGCUAUGUGGUUAUCACAAUGCACAGUAGCAGUGGCCAUACAAGGGGGUAUUCUCAGUUUUUGUGAUGGUGCCAAAGGUAUAUCGGGAUCAGGAGUCUAUGUGCAUAAGGGUGUUUCUAAUGGUGAUGCAAUUGUGGGAGUCGUAUCUGCCAUAGGAAAAGGCCGCUUGAGAGGAAGAACACAAUUGUUCAACCUUGUCAUUUCGUUCACACCCAAAACGGUAAGAAAAGUCAACAAAUGGAUGAAGAAGAGUAAAAGACAGCGAAAAGUAAAAAUUAAAAACAAAUUUUGAGUCAGGCCCUACUUUUGUAGUUUUUGCGCCAGCACUGGUAUAUUUAUUUGUUAGAUGAACGAACAAUUUUGGCUCUUUCUUGGUGUUGCAGUGCACCGGAGCCAUGAAGACUAUAAAACAAUAGUCGAGAACAAUGAGUUUAGAGCUCAACAAUACUCUGCAAUACAAAGACCGGCAACCCAGAAUACAAUACAUCUUGCAACACCAAGAAAGACCCACAAUUUUGUUAGUCUAAAGCUUUCCGAUAGGAAAUUAAGUAUUGAACUGAAUUGAUUGCAACGUGCCGGCAUUUCCAAGCUCUAGUAUUUUCGAUUUUUAUUUGCUGAUUAAACUAUUUAAGAAAGGAGUGUCAGAUCCGACAGUAGAAGACGUAAGUCAGAAGGGCUUAAACUGAAUUAGUAUAACAUUUGUAGGAGGGUGCCAAUGGGCCGGGUACCCUAUUGUCAGUUAACUACUAAUUUUUCGGCCGAAUGUCGAUCAGUUAACUACUAUUUUUUGGCCAAUUCACUACUUACCCCAUUGGCACCAUCUUGUAGGUCAAUGGUUCAGACAUUGAAUAUGAUAAAAGGUUGCAUUACAUAACAAAAUUGGGCCCUACUGGUUUCUGGGUACGCCCUAAAUUAUCAAUGGUAGUGUCUCAUUCAUCUUUUUUGAAUUAUAACAUUCACAUAUCAACUAUUGAGUUGCAGAACUAGCACACCGGUCAAUUAUAAAGGCCCUGACUAACAACCCAACAUUUGACUCAACAAUUAAUCAAAAUUUGUUGGCAGAAAAACCAGUAUGACAAACGAGCCCAACAUCCACUAAAUAAUUUGACCGCGAGACCAUGGAAACGAGUAUAAAAAAUGUAAAUGAGCACAAGUAGUGCCAACAAAUUUUGGCAUGGCGUAAUUUUGGGCAAAUGCUGGUUCAAAAUCAAACCCAAAUUCAUCCAACAUACAAAGUCACCUCCCCGCAUUGUUGGCAUGUUGGGCUCGUUUCUCAGGGCCUUUAACCAUUUCCCCCCUCUUUGAUGAUGAGAGAGUUAAAAAAUAUUGCUGUUAAUACAAGGCUCAUAUGCCCAUUGUUAGAUCAUCACUCUAAGCAUUUAGUAAAAAUAUUUUUUAAUAUUUGAUAACUAUUUUUAAAACAUGAAUUUCAUAUGCACUGAGUACUACACUUCUGAAGAAGGUUCAUACAUAAGUUUUGAAUAGUGCUUUAGUAAUUCUCCUAAUAAUGGGGGUUUUUGUAGAUUGUAGCACUCGUACAUAUGCCAAUGGCAUGACGGAAGUAAAAAGGUUUUACUUUUA